AGAGUGACGUCAGGAAGCGGCGCCACUCAGCAGCGGCGUCUAUCUGAACAUCGCAAGGACUCUUCCGGCGACCACUGCUUUACCCGCGUGUGUCCUGCCCUAGAGUGACUUCCUUGUGAUCCAGGAACUCCAGUGCAGCCCAGGCCAUGGCGGAAACACAGUACAAUUAUAGUGGCGGGUAUGCCAGCGGGGGCAGUAGUGGUGGCGGGGGAAGCAGCGCUGGCACGGGGAGCUAUGGAGGCUAUAGCAACACCUCCAGUGCUGCUCCUCCCCCAGCCUCCUCCUACUCCCAGCCCCAGUAUGGCGGCUACUCGGCACCUCCGCCCCAGGGGUACUCCCAGAGCCAGGCCCCCUACGCCGCCCCACCCACAUACGGAGCCCCGCCACCCCAGGGUGGGCCAGGCAGCUCAUACAGUGGCUAUGGGAUGCAGCAGCAGAGUCAGCCUCCAGUGCAGCCUCCAGCGGCAAGCAGUGGGGGCUACAACAGCUAUGGUGGCCAGUCUCAGGGCUAUGAGCAGAACAGUAGCUACCAGUCUGGCAACUAUGGCCAGCCCCCCUCCAAUACUUACGGGGGCCAGCAUGCCAGUAGCUAUGGCAACCAGCCCAGUGCUAACUAUUCAAACGUCCAGCCUCAAGGGAACUAUGGUGGCCCUCCCCCACCUCAAGGAAGCUAUGGUGGUCCUCCCUCAGGGGGAAAUUAUGGGGGGCCACAGGGCCCUAACUAUGGGGCACCCCCUCCCUCAAAUGGAAGUUAUGGUGGUCAAAGUGGUGGAUUUAACAGUGCUCUAGGCAUGGCUCCUCCCCCCCAGUCUGCCCCUCCAGGCUAUGGUGGCAUGCAGGGGCCUCCAGAGAACCGGCUCUCAACCCCCACUCAUAGGCGGGAUCAAGGGAGAGGUUAUUACAAAGAGGACAGUGGUGGGAGCUACAGUGGUCGCUCCUACGACGGGGACAGUCGCGGAGGCAGCUCCGGCGACCGCUUCAGGGGUGAGUCCGCUGACCUGGUCAUGCAGGAGGACACAAUCUUUGUCUCCGGUAUGCCCACCAACGCCACCGAGGACGACGUCAAGGAAUACUUUGGCUCCAUUGGGGUGAUCAAGGUGGACAAAAGAACACAGCGUCCCAAGAUUUGGAUGUACAAAGACAAAGCCACCGGCCGCAUGAAGGGAGAGUGCACUGUGACCUUUGACGAUCCCUACACUGCAAAGUCUGCCAUCAAGUGGUUCGACAACAAGCUCUUCAUGGAACGCAUCGUCAAGGUUCAGCUGGCAGAGAGGCCAAAGAGCAACUACGAGCGUGGCCGUGGCGGCUACGGCGGCGGUGAUGAGCGUGGUGGUGGUGGUGGUGGUGGUGGUGGCGGCGGUGGUGGUGGUGGUGGUGGUGGUGGUGGUGGCCGAGGCAGAGGCGGAGGAGACAGAGGGUUUGACAGGCGUGGUGGUGGAGGACCCCCAGGCCGUGGUGGUGACCGUGAUGGGCGUGACGGACCGCCGAGUGGAGGGCGAGGACGUGCUGGUGAUUGGCGGUGUCCUGUUCCCAACUGUGGCAACAACAACUUUGCCUGGCGUUACAGCUGCAACCGCUGCAACGAACCAAAACCUCCCAGCCUUGAUGAUGACAGCAACGGUGGAGGUGGUUUCCGUGGAGGUUUCCGUGGCCGAGGGGACCGUGGGGGCUUCAGGGGCCGUGGUGGGGACCGUGGGGGUCGAGGGGGCAUGAGGGGUCGAGGAGGGUAUGGUGACCGUGAUGGUGACCGUGAUGGAGGUGGCCCAAUGAAGGGUGACCGUGGCCCAGGAAGGUCAAGGCCCUACUAAGACACCCCAGCAGAGGUGCACACGUGUUGAGUUAUAUUUUACCGUCUAGGUUAGGACCAUUUGCAUACUGAACAGGA